GGCGAGUUGUUCGAAUUACUAGACUUGGACUCUGAAAUUGAAGUACUGGUAAUGGACGAGCAAAAACUCGGUGGGAAAAGCAGAAGUCGACGCUCCUCUACUGACGGACAUUAUAGCAAGAUGAAAGCAGAACUAGAGCUACAAAGGAAC